UCCUCGAUUCCUCGAUAGUUCUUUUACGGGCUUUGCCUCCUCCGCUGCCCACUCCUUUCGGCAAUCUCGAUCUCGAGUCUUGGGUGCGUUGCCCUCUCGCUCCCUUGUGCUUGGCCUUUCUUUGGGUGCUCGCAUUCGUCGGCAUGGCAUGGACGGGACAGACCUUUGCACUUUGAAACACCAUACACAAAGCCCUGUAGUCGAGACCUUUUCUCCCUCGUGCCCACUUCUGCGCCCUCUGAGCCCGCUGUGCCCUCUGGCCUCUGUGCUCUCCUCCUUCCACAGGCACCCUCCUCAGGAAGUUCGGAAGGCGGCACACCAUCCGCCAACUGCAAUCUUGCCAGAUCGUGCACGGCAGCUGCGGAGGCGGCACACCCACCGGCAAGUGUACGGCACAGUCCGGAAUCGCGCACACGUUCCGGAAGUCGCAGCCUCAGAAUCCCUGAGCGGGCGCGUCAUUCGGCCAAUCGGACUGAGCGCCGCCGUGGCGUGUAGUGGGCGUGGGCGGUGGCGAACUGUCGGCAGAUUAGCAAGUGGCGAGCGGUCUGUGGCGAUCGCGGCGAUUGCAGCCACAACGGCGGAAACGGAUGGGCAUGUUGCAUGUUACAUGCUUCAUCUGGGCAUCUGGCAUCUGGGCAUCGGCGCAUGGUCUGGCCGCUGGCCGCUGGCCGGCGCAGACGGCAAAACUCUCUGCUCCUCUUGUUGAUCUUGUUCCUCUCCCCUCCGACCCUGCAAAGCCUGCAAAGCUGUCGAAGCUCUGCGCCAGCUGUACCCUGCAGCAACGCCUCACGCUGCUAUUUCCUCGCGCCUCGGCC